AAGGAAGGUUUAACAUGUAAAGGGGUCGCUGAAAGGCUGACACUCGGCAUCACCAGAGUACUUGAGAGUAUGCCCGGGGUGAUGGACGUGCGUUUUGUGGAGAGGGAGCCUGCAGAGAAGCGAUGCCUGCUGUCAUGGGAACAGACAUAUUUGCCCAUGGAAGAAGUGGUCAGAAAGUGACUUAAUGGACCCAGCCCAAAGGCCGGCAGAUGACGAUAUUGAGUUGUCAUCUUACAUUCAAAUGCAUUGUAUGCAGCCUGCAAAACAUCAGUAUCCCUCGUGGACCGGCAAUCAAGUUGCAGCAGCAGGCCUGACAACCUUUGAACAUACUGUAGCUUGGAGUGAGAUUGUGAAUGUCAUUGGCUCCACCCCAAGUCCGUGUUCUGACCAAAGCAAUUAAACAGAUAAUACAAUCCCCUGAACACAAGAUUAUAUAGUUCAAAUCUGCCCCUACACCCAACCCAAAUGAUAUUUCAAUGUAUCCCCCCUAGAAUCAGUUACACAGUUGGGUUCACAAUCUGUCUAGGCAAAGAUAUUGUUCAUAAUUAGACAAAUCAGGUCACCCUACCAAAAUGAUAUGCUAAUAAGGCUGACCUAAAAGAGGCAGAACUCAUGGUCUGAUAGUUUCAACCUGAUUGGCUAAACGUGAUACACAACAUCCGGGAUUAGCAUUUAGCUGAAAAUUGUGUUUCAUAAGGAAAGGACGCAUUUUCGGCCUUCUCGCCAUUAAAUAAAGUUGAGGAGGAAAUCGAAGCCUAUGCAGCCUGAAUGGAGAAUGUUGGUUCCAGUGGUUCAAAUGAAUGUUGGAACAUUGGGUGGUUUGGGUGGUUUAGGUUUAAUUUUCCAUCCUUUGUGGGCUGUGCUUGUCAAGCAGCAGAAGGGGGCAUUUGCCGAUGCAUUGUUAGCCGAUAGCUUGCAAAGUAAACAUCAGGCUAUCGGUAGAAACUUUGUACAGGUAUUGUAUUUCCGGCGCCGACAGAGAUGGCCGCCUCGCUUCGCGCUCCUAGGAAACUAUGCAGUUUUUUGUUUUUUUACGUGUUAUUUCUUACAUUAGUACCCCAGGUCAUCUUAGGUUUCAUUACAUACAGUCGAGAAGAACUACUGAAUAUAAGAUCAGCGUCAACUCACCAUCAGUACGACCAAGAAUAUGUUUUUCGCAACGCGGAUCCUGUGUUCUGCCUUACAAACAGGACAACGGAAGGGAUCCCUUGCAGCGACCCAAAAAAACGACUCCGAAAAAGAGGGAAACGAGGCGGUCUUCUGGUCAGACUCCGGAGACGGGCACACCGUGCACCACUCCCUAGCAUUCUUCUUGCCAAUGUCCAGUCUCUUGACAACAAGGUUGAUGAAAUCCAAGCAAGGGUAGCAUUCCAGAGGGACAUCAGAGACUAAUAUUCUUUGCUUCACGGAAACAUGGCUCACUGGAGAGACGCUUUCCGAGGAGGUGCAGCCAACGGGUUUCUCCACGCAUCGCGCAGACAGAAACAAACAUCUUUCUGGUAAGAAGAGGGGCGGGGGCGUAUGCCUUAUGGUUAACGAGACAUGGUGUGAUGAAAGAAACAUACAGGAACUCAAAUCCUUCUGUUCACCUGAUUUAGAAUUCCUCACAAUCAAAUGUAGACCGCAUUAUCUACCAAGAGAAUUCUCCUCGAUUAUAAUCACAGCCGUAUAUAUCCCCCCCCCAAGCAGACACAUCAAUGGCUCUGAACGAACUUUAUUUAACUCUUUGCUUUGCAAACUGGAAACUAUUUAUCCGGAGGCUGCAUUCAUUGUAGCUGGGGAUUUUAACAAGGCUAAUCUGAAAACAAGACUCCCUAAAUUUUAUCAGCAUAUCGAUUGCGCAACCAGGGGUGGAAAAACCUUGGAUCAUUGUUACUCUAACUUCCGCGACGCAUAUAAGGCCCUGGCCCGCCCCCCUUUCGUAAAAGCUGACCACGACUCCAUAUUGUUGAUCCCUGCCUACAGACAGAAACUAAAACAAGAGGCUCCCACGCUGAGGUCUGUCCAAUGCUGGUCCGACCAAUCUGACUCCACACUCCAAGACUGCUUCCAUCACGUGGACUGGGAGGGCAAGGUGUCUGGUAACAUGACCGAAUACAAACAGUGCAGCUAUUCCCUCCGCAAGGCUAUCAAACAAGCUAAGCGUCAGUACAGAGACAAAGUAGAAUCUCAAUUCAACGGCUCAGACACAAGAGGCAUGUGGCAGGGUCUACAGUCAAUCACGGACGACAAGAAGAAAUCCAGCCCAGUCACGGACCAGGAUGUCUUGCUCCCAGGCAGACUAAAUAACUUUUUUGCCCGCUUUGAGGACAAUACAGUGCCACUUACACGGCCUGCAACGGAAACAUGCAGUCUCUCCUUCACUGCAGCCGAGGUGAGUAAGACAUUUAAACGUGUUAACCCUCGCAAGGCUGCAGGCCCAGACGGCAUCCCCAGCCGAGCCCUCAGAGCAUGCGCAGACCAGCUGGCCGGUGUGUUUACGGACAUAUUCAAUCAAUCCCUAUACCAGUCUGCUGUCCCCACAUGCUUCAAAAGGGCCACCAUUGUUCCUGUUCCCAAGAAAGCUUCAUCAUGAAGUGCUUUGAGAGACUAGUCAAGGACCAUAUCACCCUACCUGACACCCUAGACCCACUCCAAUUUGCUUACCGCCCAAAUAGGUCCACAGACGAUGCAAUCUCAACCACACUGCACACUGCCCUAACCCAUCUGGACAAGAGGAAUACCUAUGUGAGAAUGCUGUUCAUCGACUACAGCUCGGCAUUCAACACCAUAGUACCCUCCAAGCUCGUCAACAAGCUCGAGACCCUGGGUCUCGACCCCGCCCUGUGCAACUGGGUACUGGACUUCCUGACGGGCCGCCCCCAGGUGGUGAGGGUAGGCAACAUCAUCUCCUCCCCGCUGAUCCUCAACACUGGGGCCCCACAAGGGUGCGUUCUGAGCCCUCUCCUGUACUCCCUGUUCACCCACGACUGCGUGGCCACGCACGCCUCCAACUCAAUCAUCAAGUUUGCGGACGACACAACAGUGGUAGGCUUGAUUACCAACAACGACGAGACGGCCUACAUGGAGGAGGUGAGGGCCCUCGGAGUGUGGUGUCAGGAAAAUAACCUCACACUCAACGUCAACAAAACUAAGUAGAUGAUUGUGGACUUCAGGAAACAGCAGAGGGAACACCCCCCUAUCCACAUCAAUGGAACAGUAGUGGAGAGGGUAGCAAGUUUUAAGUUCCUCGGCAUACACAUCACAGACAAACUGAAUUGGUCCACUCACACAGACAGCAUCGUGAAGAAGGCGCAGCAGCAAAGGAGGCUGAAGAAAUUUGGCUUGUCACCAAAAGCACUCACAAACUUCUACAGAUGCACAAUCGAGAGCAUCCUGGCGGGCUGUAUCACCGCCUGGUACGGCAACUGCUCCGCCCUCAACCGUAAGGCUCUCCAGAGGGUAGUGAAGUCUGCACAACGCAUCACUGGGGGCAAACUACCUGCCCUCCAGGACACCUACACCACCCGAUGUUACAGGAAGGCCAUAAAGAUCAUCAAGGACAUCAACCACCCGAGCCACUGCCUGUUCACCCCGCUAUCAUCCAGAAGGCGAGGUCAGUACAGAUGCAUCAAAGCUGGGACCGAGAGACUGAAAAACAGCUUCUAUCUCAAGGCCAUCAGACUGUCAAACAGCCACCACUAACAUUGAGUGGCUGCUGCCAACACACUGACACUGACUCAACUCCAGCCACUUUAAUAAUGGAAAUUGAUGGGAAAUGAUGUAAAUAUAUCACUAGCCACUUUAAACAAUGCUACCUUAUAUAAUGUUACUUACCCCACAUUAUUCAUCUCAUAUGCAUACGUAUAUACUGUACUCUAUACCAUCGACUGCAUCCUUAUGUAAUACAUGUAUCACUAGCCACUUUAACUAUGCCACUUUGUUUACAUACUCAUCUCAUAUGUAUAUACUGUACUCGAUACCAUCUACUGUAUCUUGCCUAUGCUGCUCCGUACCAUCACUCAUUCAUAUAUCCUUAUGUACAUAUUCUUUAUCCCCUUACACUGUGUAUAAGACAGUAGUUUUGGAAUUGUUAGUUAGAUUACUUGUUGGUUAUUACUGCAUUGUCGGAACUAGAAGCACAAGCAUUUCGCUACACUCGCAUUAACAUCUGCUAACCAUGUGUAUGUGACAAAUAAAAUUUGAUUUUGAUUUGAUUUGAUUUAAACAUAGCGGUAAGCAGACCUAAUGUACUUUUCUCCAACCAACGUAGGCCUACCUAGUGAAGUUAUUUAACUAUAUGUAACAGUAUAAGUUUAGACCAUCCCCUCGCGCGAACCAGGGAUCCUCUGCACACAUCAACAACUGACACCCACAAAGCAUCGUUACCCAUCGCUCCACAAAAGCCGCGGCACUUGCAGAGCAAGGGGAACUACUACUUCAAGGUCUCAGAGCAAGUGACGUCACCGAUUGAAACGCUAUUUAGCUCGCACCACCGCUAACUAAGCUAGCCGUCUCACAUCCGUUACAUAUAUCCCCUAUUCAACAUUGCUUUUAAAAGUGUAGUGUUUAAUCACAGUUGCUGCUGACAGACAUGAAACAGUGAUUUGAUGGGCCACGUUUCGUAUUAUGUUACGAAUUUCCAAAUGCACUAAAGGUUAUGACUUUGCCAAACGUAUGAUAUGUUACAAAUUCUAGCUAGGUGGCUAACGAUAGCUAGCUGGCUAACAUUACCUAGGCUAGGGGUUAGCAUCAAGAUUACAUUUAGGAGUUAGGUUAAAGGGUCUGGGGAAGGGUUAGGGGAAGGUUUAGAGCUAGGAGAAGGGUUAGCUAACAUACAAAGUAGUUGCAAAGUAGAUCAAAACUAAUAAAUUGUUGAAAAGUUGCUAAACUGUCAAAGACCAGACUGAAGCUACAACCUAGGCAGAUUUGUUUUUGAGUUUACGCACUUAAAAAAAAAAGAAGUGUUUUUUCUUACGAAAUUCUAAAAUAAUUUUACAAUGCUGUUUUGUAAGCCCUUAAAUUAUAUAACUCUCAACCAUUUCUAUUUUCCAGUGAUGAGAUGUCUCAUGGUAGGGUGUGCAAAAUGGGUCAAAUUUGAGCACAUUUAUCUCUUGAUUCAGUUCCAAAUAGUCACAUUUUGAUCACUUCUACAAUGGGCAAAUAUGUAUGGAAUGUUUUGUUCAAAUCAACAGGGGUGCUGUGAAAAAGUGAUUGAAUUUAAAUAGAUUUACCCGUCUGUGUUGACAUUUUUUGUG